UACGAAACUUGUUUACUCAACGCCAUACGAACAUACAAAGCUACGAAAAAUUUUCUUGAGCACGUCUCUUAAUCGUGCAAAGUUUUCACGAAAAGUUUCUUUUAUAAAAUACGAUUGGAUAAAUGUGUAUUUCAAAUAAGGAAUAUGCGGUCAGGUCCGAUAUAGUAUUGUAGUAAUAAGUUUGUAAAAACUAUCCUUUAAAUAUGGUUGAAAAUAUAGAGUUUAAAUGCAAUGGCGAGAAAGUCCUGGAUGUAGCUAAUUUUCAUAAUGUUGAACCUGAAAAUUUGAAGAGAUUUGCAACUAUAAAAAGUAAAGAUACUUUAGAUAUUCAAAGUUCGGUUGAUAAAGAGUACCAAACUUUAAGAUCGUGCAUAUUAAUCUCUAAAGGCGAUGGUUCAAAUGAUAAGGUAUGUAUAAAGAAAGCUAAAAGUGUUCAUUUUGCUGAUAGUCUUGGGAAACCUUUAAAGUCAGUAAAAACGUUAUUUGAGUUUGACGAUGAACUUGAAAUGAGUUUACUUAGUUUAGGAUUACAUAGCUCUUCACGUCGUUCAUUCACAACAAGCUCUGUAAAAGGAAAUUUAUUAGGACAUUUAACUGAUGCUAAAGGCAAGUUUUUGAAUUUUAAACUUCCAUUAAAUGAAGGAGCUCUAGAAGAAAAAUUAAAUGCUAAUAAUAUAUGUCUUGAGAGUGUUGUAUUUCGUGAAUAUAGUUUAUUUGGUACUGUUGUAGUAAAUAAUAUAUGUUAUCAAAAACAAGUCAGUGUUUUGUACACUAUAGAUGACUGGAAAUCAAAAGAAAAUGUAUUAUCAAACUACAUUUCAAGUUCCUCAAGUGGAAAAAGGGAUAUAUUUUCAUUUGAAAUUGUUUUUCCUUCAUCAUUAAAAGCUUCUAAAAUUAUUGUCAAGUUUGCUCUUUGUUAUUCUACAGAAGGAAACACAUUUUGGGAUUCAAAUUGUGGAAAAAACUAUGAGGUUGAGUACAAUUAUUUACUCAGUGAAAAGAUUUCUGAUUCUGGAUUUAUUUUACCUUCUCAAAAUUUCGUUGGCUGGUCAACAUAAAUAUUUUUUUCUGAAUAAGUCUUAAAAUUUCAAAAAUUUUCAUAUUUUAUUUAAUAUAAAUUUUUAUAACAAUUUUUCCAUAGAUGUUUUAAUUGAAUUUUUUUUUUUUUAAUAGCUUAAUAUAUGAUUUUUUUUUCUCUUUGUUUAUUUAUCAGAUAUUAUUUCUUGCUUAGUAGUUUAUUUAAAAUAUUUUAUUAAAAAAUAUAUCAUUAAUCGAAAUUAGCCAAAGUAUAUAUAAUAGAAAAAUUCCCUAAAAGUCUUAUAAUGGCAAAUAAUCUUAUUUAGACAGAAGUGUAAAAAAUUUUAGAAUAUUUUAAUAUACUUAAUAAUUUGUUAUAAAUUAAUAACAAAAAUAUCAAAAUUGAAAAAAUAUUUGUUUUAAUUUACAAAAUUUUACGUUUUUAACAGGCGUUUAUUGUGUUUUGCUAUUUACAUUGUUGUUGCAAUUGUUGUUGUUGUUGUUGUUAAAAAGAAUUUUUUCAACUUUCCUCAAAAUUUCAAGCAAUAAUGAAACAUUGAUUAAGUUCAAAACUUUAAAUAACAAGUAUCUUAUUUUAGUUUAAAAAUUUUAAAGAUUUUUUUUUUGUGUGUCAACAGAAGUAUUUGUCUUAUUGAAAUAUACAAAUUGAAUCUUCAAGUUAUAAUUUUUAGUUUUAGUUUUAUUAUGUAACUUAUAGUCAAUACUAAAAUAAUGUAUACAUAAUAUUCUCGUAGAAUUUAUAUUUCAGGUUUUGUCAUUUUUAUUUUUCUUUUCAUGUUAAAAAUGUGAUUCAUUAAAGUUUGUAUCUUAAAGAAUAUCUUAUAGAUCUCUAUA